UUUGGCAAUUCCCUGCUGGCUGCGGCGUACCACCAGCUGCCGGCCAGCUCGGCGGCUCUGCUGUUGAGUUCCCUGCAGACGUUCCAGUCGAGCGCCGAUGGGAAGCCCAACAGGAGCCCCUCGCCCGGGCACGUGUCCGCGGAGGAUCCCCCGGGGAGGCCCGAGCAGCCCGAUGACGAACAGGAGGAGGACCACGCGAACGAGAGGCUGAAGGUCGACGAGGACGAGACCAGCUUCGAGAGCUGGAGGGACACGACGAUACCGGUGCUGAGCAGCUGGAUGUUGAGAGCGUACGCAACUAUGCUGGGCAGGCUCUCGGCCGCCACGGCUGCGUUUGAGGCGGCGGCAGCAGCGGAGGACUCGAACUUUGCCUCGGACAGUGACUCGGAGAGCGACCGCUCCACGUCGACGGAUGUGUUAUCAAGGGAGAGCAGCCCCAGCAUCGGUGGCAGUGCCCAUCAAAUGCAAGAAAAGCCAAACAGCGGAGUUGUAGCGACAUCAACUCGUACGAAGACUAAGAAGAGACGAACGACCGACAAAUCCCGGAAAAGUAUCGAUACCGCGGCCAAGGAAAAGACUGGAGCUGCGGACGCGAGCGACGCCCCCAAAAAACGAUCCCUAGCCCUGCAGCGCGUCAGGUAUAGGUACGAGCGCGAGGAGUACCGGUGCUCGUUGUGCCCCUACGCUUGCACGAUCGAGAAGGCCUUUCAGAGGCACCUGCGCGCCCACGCCCGCGGCACGGCUUCGGAAACGCGAGUCAGUUGCGCCGUUUGCGGUGCCGAUCGCUCGUCCGAGGUCGAUCUCAGCCGCCACAUGCGCCGGCACCGCGACAACCGGUACUUUUGCUGCGACAUUUGCGUCUUUCGCACGGUACAGCUGAAAAAGUUGAUUCAGCACCGGCGGAUGCACACGGGCGAGAAGCCGCACCUGUGCCCCCAUUGCUGCUACAGGAGCGCGCGUCGGGACAACCUGCGGAGCCACGUGCGCCGCGUCCACAAGAAGGAGAACUUGUACUGCGACACCUUCAGCCCGCGGGGCGUGUUCAUCGUGCCGAAGCUAGAGCAGAGGCCACCCGAGGGCGACGAGCAGCAGGUGGAAAUCGAGGAGGAAUCCGCGAGUCCAGCCUCGCCUCCGUCCGUCACUCGGUCGUAA